AUGUCUUCCUGGUUUUCGCAACUUUCAAGUACUGUUUCAAAUGUAACUGGCUUUGGUUCGGCAGUGGAUGGUCUACGAACCGUAGCAGAUACAAUUAAAGAUGGUGAAGCUUUUACUCCUCUUAAUGAACAUGAUCUUGAAUGGACUUUAGCGUCAGGUUCAUCUACUGAAAAUCAAGUUUUUUAUAUAACUACAAGACAGUUUAUGGAAUCCUACUAUUUCUUUACUUGCCGCUUUUAUGAUCCACCCACGAAUACCAGUAUUUUUAAAAAUAUUAAUAUGAGCAGCAAAUUUGAACUUUCAUCCAACAAACGCUCUGGUAAGACUUACUUGGGCAAGGAUGCAGGCUUUGUCUCACACAAAUUUUGGCCUCGUGCGCAUGCACAGGGGACCUUCAUCAUUAACCAAACCAUUUAUGAAUUGGAAGGUGAUGGUAUGUUCGUUCAUGCAAUCCAGGGUAUGCAACCCCAAUUGAUUGCUUCCACCUGGAACUUUGCCAACUUUCAUUCUGAUCAGGCAUCUCUAGGUAUGAUGCAAUUUCAGACUACAAAGCAAUAUGGAUCCGUUCAUGUCAACCAGGCUCGUUGGUAUUGGAUAACAAGCUCAUCAUGGUCUCUGAAAAACGAUCGAAAAGUAAAGAAGAUGUGGUCAAUAGAGAUGGUCGUGGAGGUCAAGAAUUUGAUCGAUAAAAUUGAUAUCUUGGCUGAAAUUCCAUAUGUCAUUCGCAAGCUAGUACAAACGUUUUUUAGUGCCAUAUAUUUAUCAGUGGCUUGAUAAGGCAACAGCUUAAUAUCAAGAUUGGUGAUAAAGUAAUUAAUACAGAAGGAUAUUGCUUCCAAGAACUAGUCUUUGUUUCUAAUUUUUAGACUUUAUCGUAUUUGCCAUCUAAUUUGUAUCCUUUAAAUUAAAUUUGCCGUCCCUUUUUAUUUUUAAACCUCAAAAAUUAAAGUCAUUGACAAAUACUUUAUGGUAAAUGCCAAGCGUAAGCCGUUAUUUAUUGCAAUACCAAAACGAUAGGAAAAAGCUGGAAUUUCUGUUAAUUGAAACAAAAAAAUAUUAUAUAAUAAUAAUAAUAACUGAGCAUAAAGGAAAGA